AGCUUCGAAGCCUCGAUACAGAACGUCACAUCACUAUUUCUCACCGUUUCAGUGAAAAUCGAUUAUAGUGUAAAUAUGAUCCAUCUACCCUCCCUUGACCUGGAUCUCCUCGCUGAUUUCAGUGUGUGAUCAGCCAUUGCUGGUCUUCACAGACACCGACAGGAGACAGCGGCAUCCUCACCGCCUUACCCACUUUCCCGAGAAGGUGAAGCCGUUAUAAUAACAGCGCUAGCCGCUAUGAGACGAAUCACUGGUAAGGCGAAGGAUGAGACUCUGAUCGAGCUGCAGAGCGCCAGGGCUGCAGAUGUUCCUGCUGUGUUGACUGCAUUCAGGAUUAACCUCCACCCAGAUGAAAGCAGCGGAAAUGGUUCUUUAUCUGAAAGAGCGCCACUGCCGGGAAAUACAGAAACAGACAAACUGCACCCAAGCAAAGACACCGUGUUCUUUAGGGACGGAGUACGAAGAAUAGAUUUUGUGUUGUCCUACGUAGAUGACAAGGAUGGAGAAAAGAAACAGGAGAGGAGGAGGGCGUUUGAGGCCAACCUGGAAAAAACAGGACUGGAACUGGAGACAGAGGACAAAUCAGACUCCAAGGACCAAAAGACCUAUUUCCUAAAGAUCCACGCUCCAAGGGAUGUACUGGCCACCUACGCUGAUGUCUUGAAGAUUAAAGUUCCCUUCAAGAAGAGUGACAUUCCUCAAAGUCAGGAUGUCGCUCUGGAGUGGUUCACGCAACCUUUUCGACUGCCGGGCAACAUCAUGCACCCAGAACCGGACUAUUUCACCUACCACUUCGACAAGACCAAGACUGACUUCUUUCUCAUCGGGGACAAAGACACUUUUUUCCCACCAUCCACAAGAAAUAGAAUUGUGUUCUACAUCCUGUCUCGUUGUGCGUACUACAAAGAGGGGCAGAAAGAUAGAGAAAAGACGGGAAUCAAGCGAUUACUCAGCAAUGGGACCUACACGGCGGCCUUCCCCCUUCAUGAUUGUCGGUACUGGAAAAAGGGCAGAAAUGCAGAGGAGCGUUACAACCUGUACAAGCACUGGGCCAGGUUUCUCUGCUUUUAUAAAGAGCAGCCUCUCAACCUCAUCAAGAAGUACUACGGGGAAAAGAUCGGGAUCUACUUUGCCUGGUUGGGUUUCUACACAGAGAUGCUCUUUUUGGCAGCGGUUGUGGGCCUUAUAUGUUUCAUCUAUGGAGUGCUCAGUUAUGAUGACAACAUAACAAGCAAAGAAAUAUGUGACCCUAAAAUAGGAGGCAGUAUCAUGAUGUGUCCUCUUUGCGAUAAAAACUGCACGUUCUGGAGGCUCGACUCAACGUGUCUCUCAUCCUGGCAAUCCCAUCUGUUUGAUAAUGAGGCAACCGUAUUCUUUGCCAUGUUUAUGGGGAUCUGGGUAACUCUGUUUUUGGAGUUCUGGAAGCGACGCCAGGCCCGGCUGGAGUACGAGUGGGACUUGGUGGACUUUGAAGAGGAACAGCAAGAGCUUCAAACUCGGCCUGAGUUUGAGAUCAAAUGCACUAACAGGAGACUCAACAAGAUCACACAGGAAAUGGAGCCACAUCUCCCCCUCCACAGCAGGUGUGCUCGCUACUGCCUCUCUGGAGCCACUGUUACAUUCUGGAUUUCUCUGAUUCUGGCCUGUAUUACUGGGGUCAUAGCAUAUAGGUUGGCUGUCUACGCAUCCUUCGCAAGUAUCAUUGGCAACCAUGGGGGAGAGUCCGGCAUCCAUAAAAACAAGACCCUGCUAGUGGGCGGAUUGAUCACCCCACAGCUGGCGACUUCUGUCACCGCUUCCUGCAUCAAUUUUGUCAUCAUCAUGAUCCUUAACUUCUUUUAUGAGAAGGUGGCCAUCUGGAUCACUGAUAUGGAAAUACCAAAAACUCACCUGGAAUAUGAGAACAGGUUGAUCACAAAGAUGUUCAUGUUCCAGUUUGUCAACUACUACUCCUCCUGCUUCUAUGUGGCCUUCUUCAAAGGAAAAUUUGUGGGUUACCCGGGUAACUACACAUACAUGUUUGGCAAAUGGAAGAAAUUUAGGAACGAGGAGUGUGACCCUGGAGGCUGUCUGAUAGAGCUGACCACACAGCUGUUGAUCGUCAUGGCGGGGAAACAGUUAUGGGGGAACAUUCAAGAAGCUCUGCUGCCGUUGAUGCGUAACUGGUGGAGCAGCAGAAAGGGGCGUCACAACCCCGAGAACCAUUACAGUCGAUGGGAGCAGGACCACGUUUUGCAGAACUUCAGCCAGCUGGGUCUGUUUUACGAGUACCUAGAGAUGGUGAUCCAGUUUGGCUUCAUCACUCUCUUUGUGGCCUCUUUCCCCUUGGCCCCCCUCUUGGCCCUGUUCAACAACAUCUUGGAAAUCAGGGUGGACGCCUGGAAGUUCACCACCCAGUUUAGGCGACCAGUGGCAUCCAAGGCUCGAAACAUCGGAGCAUGGCAGGAGAUUCUAAAUUCAGUGGCCAUCUUGUCUGUUGUUACCAAUGCUUUCAUCAUGGCCUUCACCUCAGACAUGAUCCCCCGUAUGGUGUACCUGUACGCCUACAGCAACAGUACCAGCAUGAAGGGCUACAUCAACAGCAGCCUGUCAGAAUACAGAAUACCGAUAAGACCACAAAACAUGACUGAGGACAACUGGUUUCGUCACUUCAAUACGACCUGCAGAUACCGUGACUACCGGCACCCUCCAGGCCACGAGAACGAGUACACUCACACCAUGCAGUUCUGGCACAUCCUGGCAGCCAAAAUGGCCUUCAUUAUUAUCAUGGAACAUGUGGUCUUUGUGGUGAAGUUCUUUAUUGCGUGGAUGAUCCCAGACGUCCCGUCAGAUGUGAAGGCGCGCAUCAAGCGAGAAAGAUACCUGAUUCAAGAACACCUGCAUAACUACGAGGUGGAAAAGCUCAAACUGCAGCUGAGUGCCAGCUUCAUCACAGAGCCGCAAACUUCGGAAACGUCGUUGACGCCAGACAAACACGAAGUGCUUUCCGAGUGCCUGUAGCGCCUGCGUCGCACCUCCAGCUAACAAAGCCGAGGGCGGACAUGUCUGCGUAUUUUCUUCUCCCUGAGAACAGCCAUAUGCAAGGGCUUCUGUCCUUGAAUUCAAAAGGCUAUUUGUUUCAUUUUGGAUGGACAAUAAAGACUUCCACAUUAUACUCCUAUGUUAGGAAACGCAUAGAGACAGCAUUUAAAAUCCAGUGCAGUAUAACAUUUUAUUUUCCUUAAAAUCAGCUUCUUUUGCAGACGAAGUGUUCCUAUCCGAUAAAAACUGUCUUUACAUUCGUCUUUCUUUGUCAUAAAAGCAUAAUCUCUGUGUUUUCUGAUACAGUUAAGGUUUGUUUUCAUGUGACAGUGGGCUUGAUUCCUUUUUAAAGAGCUGAUUGUGAUGUCAGUAAUUUAAUAUUCUGCAUGCUAGCCUUCUGAUGAGAAUGCAAAAUGAAGGACUGAAUAUUUAGAGAAGAAGAUACGAGUCAGUUGUGAAUGUAGAAAACACUCAUGCUUACAAAUAUUUAAACAUAUUCGAGAUGAAACACAACUCAACUGGCAGUGCUUCUUCAGACAGCUUCACCAUGAUUCGUUUUUUAUUUUUAUUUUAAUAGGUAGCUACAUAACAAUAUGUCCACUGAUCUACAGCCGAGCUAGUAGACUAUGAGUUUCAUUGUUUGAGUGUAUAUUAUAUGUAGAAAAAAGCUCUUUAAAACUGUGCAUUUGAAAACCAAGUACCUCCAUCACACUGCAGUAAUACUGUAACAAUCAGAUGUGUGGUGUUAUUCCACUCUGACCUGAGUUAGCGACAGAAAUAAUGCGUUAAGACAGCAGCUGCAGGCUCGUGUCUGAUCUUCUACGUGUAUUACCAAGUUGCUGCGGGACCAAUUAUAACAUUUCUCUAAAAACAAACAAACAGACUACAUGAAGAACAUGUUGUCAGGACACUGGACAGAUCAUGUGUUGGCUUUACUUUCCCCUGUUUAUACAAUAAAUGGCCAACUUUUAAUUUUCAGUUUUCAUAUUGGUUAUGUCACCAAAUAUUAUUAAUUGUGUAACCGCAAGCUUAGAAAUAUACAGGAAGCAGAUCUUCUUGUAGCCUGGUGGGGAUAUGUAUGAGUAACAUGAAAUGGUUUUAGUAACCAGCUCAUUAACUAUAGCUGGCGUCUAAGUGCUGCUGUGGAUAUAAAGAUGCUGAUUUUUAAGGGGCUAUAGUGCAAUUAAUUUAUUGAUCCAUUUCUGCCCUGUAGCCUGAAGCAUUUGUGUUUAGAGUUACUCUUUUUAUGCUUUUACAUUUGGACCUUGCAGCAUUUGGGUUCUUUCUUUUAGAUUGUCCUCGUAACUGGCCAACAAGCAGUGUUAGCUCAGACAGCUCUUCCAGCACAUCAAGGGACCACACUAAUGAAAAAUAAGACUCCUGAUUGACAUUUUACAUUGCAGCAAGCGUCUGAUUGAUUUUUUUUUAAAUGAAUUGAUCAUUUGUCAUAUAGAGUCCAUGUUAAUCUCUUAUGCUUUUUUAGGUUUCCGUGUUUGUGCUUUAACUUCUUACAGUAAAGCGGCUGAUGCAAUCAGCAAGAUAUAUCUGACAGUCGACAGCUAAGCCGGGCUCACUCCAAUCUCAGGAUUUAAAAUCUUUCAGUGUCUGUUGAGCAUGACUGUUUACAGAGGCGUGCAAAAUCCAGCAACAUCCAUGAUGGAUUUCCCAACAAACGAAUGCCUUAAACAUCUGUCUUUAUUUGUUUUUGUAUGUUUUUUUAAAGAAAAAAAAAUUUCCUAUCUGUUUCUCAACAUCUGUUGCAUAGUAUUUGAUGCUGCAAACUAUGUGCAGCGUACCAGUUUUGUGCAUGAACUGUGGUCAUGUAAAUAUUUUGUCAGUAUUAAUAUGUAAGUUUUCUGUUGACUGUUGAACAGGAACUUAUUAAAACUGUUAAAAUUCCCAAUAAAUAAAGAAAAGCCA